AUGCCGGACUCGGCAUGGCAGACCAAGGUCUCCGCAGUGCUCGGGCUGAUGGCGGUGCAGAUCACAGUUGGGGUUCUCUACCGCGUUGCUCAGGCGCACGGAGGGGGCUUCCACUUCUCGACAAUGUCGGCCAUCGCCAUCGCCGAGACAUCAAAGCUCGCCAUCACUGUCGCCCUCCACGUCGCCGAUCCGCACCGCGAGAAUGGGAGCAGCGCUUGGGCGGCGGCGGUUGGCCAGCUUAGUUUGAGCGCGUGCCUCCACAUCUUCUCGCUCGCCUCGCUCUACACGCUCAACAACCAGCUCGCCUUCUACGUCGCCAUCCAGAUGGACCCCGGCACGAUAUUCCUCUUCAAGGCGGCCAACGCGCUCAUCGUCGCCGCCAUCCAGAUGCUCUGCGUCGGCAGGCGCUUCAGCGGCGAGCAGAUUCGCGCCAUGGUGCUGCAGAUGAUUGGCAUCAUCAUCGUGCAGCACGACCCCUGCCGCGGCCAUGGCCGCUACCCACUGCGCGUGUACGGGCUGAUGGCCUUCAGCGUGGGCAUCACCGCAGUCUGCACAGUCCGGAACGAGUACAUCGUCAAGCACUACAGGAUCGCACUCAACGUGCAGAACUCAGUGCUGUACGCGAGCGGAGCUGCGCUCAACGUGACCGCCUUCUUCCUCGUGUCCAACCCGAGCAGCGCGCAAGCCGGGCUGGGCUUCUUCGACGGGUACGACAGCCCGCUCGCGGUGGCGGUCGUCGCAUGCAACACGCUCAUCGGCAUCGCGAUCAACCUCGUGUACAAGUACGCGGACGCGGUCCUCAAGUGCAUCGCCACCGACUGCACCGCCGUCGCCAUCUUCUUCAACCUGCGGCCGUCGCUCACCCUCUGGUGCGGCGUCUGUGUGGUCUGCUACGCCGUCUACUCGUACUCGAUGGCCGCUCGGCCGACGGAGCGCGACCCAGAGGCUAGUCGAGCGCUGGUCAGGGAGGUGAGCAUGCAGGGGAGCAUACAGGACGAGAUGGAGCUGGAGUCGGCACGCGAGGCUCAGCGGCCGAUGCUGCAGAGGACUUAG